AUGUCUACGAACUCAUCGGAACAGACGGUUACAGCCACCGCUGUCACUCCUCCGACCACCGCCCCAAACACCUUGUCUUCAGCUCACCAUUUCGUCUCUAUAAAGCUGACGUCUCGCAACUUUCUCUUCUGGCGAACGCAGCUCAUUCCAUUCCUCCGAGGACAAGGGAUCCUCAGCUAUGUAGACGGUGAGACACCGUGCCCUCCGGCGAUCAUCGAAGCUGUUCCCGCCUCCGGCGAUUUGGUCUCCGCCGCAACAUCCACCGUUCCUGCGGCCAAUCCGGCGUACAAGGCUUGGAUACAGCAGGACCAAUCCAUUCUAUCCCUUCUCAUGUCCUCCCUUUCAGAUGAGGUGAUGCAUUUGGCCGUUGGCCGGAAUACAUCACGGGAGGUGUGGCAAUCUAUCACGGCGGCUCUCGGAAGCUCCACCCGUGCCCGGUGCCUGAGUCUUCUUGGCCAGUUCCACUCUCUUCCCCCACAAAGACAGUAA